GCUCAACUUGGCUUUUAGUUUUCAUUUUUGUGUCGUGGUAACCGAGUAUCUACUAACAUAACCUUGUAGUUAGCAUGUUAUUUUUCAUUUUAAUACCGAGCUAAAGUGCUAAAAUGAAAAAAAAUAUCUGUGUAGUGCCCGGUUGUACCUCAACGGACGCUUCGAACGACUCGUUGAAGUUCCAUCAGAUUCCCAAAGACGCCGAGGUGCGAAAAAAAUGGCUCAAAGCAAUAAACCGCACCGAACCGGAGAUCAACAAAAAAUCCAGAGUUUGUUCCAAACAUUUUAAGAAUCAGGAUUAUGCCGUUACUAGGUUUAACUAUAUGGGUGCCAAAAAUGCGCCUUCUGGAAGUAAGAACACCUGCGAGAUAAAAGCAUUGAAAAAUGAGGCGGUGCCGAAUCUUCUAUUGCCGCAGAAAUCAACCUUCAAAAUAAAAAUAAGCAAAAAGGAUUCGGGCAAACAAAUAAAGGUUGAAGAGGUGAAAGUUAAGGAGGAAAAAGUAGAGAAACCCGAAAAGGCGGAGAAGGUGAGAAUGCCGAAACGACCUGCAGUGGAAAUGAGCCCUCCUAGGUCCAGAACCCAAUCGAGGAGGGCAGCUAGCAAGGAAGCCCUUAAACAAAUGCAACUUUUGUUAGAUGAUGAGAACGAUGCUGUCGAAAUUCCUGAUGAUGAUAUUAUUCCAAUCGAUCCAACACCACCUCCGCCGCCGAAGAAAAAAUACAAAUUGAGUCACAGAAAAUCGUCCGAUGGAAAUGAUCGCGACGUGAUUGUUCUGAAGACGAUAACCAAUCGUGAUGCAGAAAAUACCUUGGAACUCGAUUGCUGGGUGGAACCUCUUGAAGAAGCUCAGAAAAAUCGCAUGCAGAAAUUCAAGGAUGACGAGAAAGAAAUUCAGGCCAAACUCGACACACUAAUCAGUCAAUGUAGCGCCAAAGUCAUCCACAAGGGGGAUCUGCACACCAUAAUCGAAGUGGCUGAGCAAGUGCAGAGCGCCAUUACAGGUUCCCAAGCACCACCCACAAGCUUAAUUUUGAAUAACAAUAUGGGCGGGCAACAGAGCUACCAAUUGAUUAUGGAUCCCAGGAUGGGACUCGUUGUUGGUGCUAUUAAUAAUCCUCCUCCACCACCACCUGCAACUCAACAGAAAGUUUAUCAAGGAAAAGUACAGGUCGCGCAAAACCUGCAGCAAACUCCCACGCCAUCACCUAGCACUACGCCCGCACGAGGAAAUACCCGUACACGUAACAGAGCAGCCGCCAAAAUGACACCACCACCACCUCCUCCUCCUUCUCCACCCGUCGUCACUCAAACAAGAACGCCUGUCACACAGACCCGUAAUCAAGCCACGCCACAUACUAGAGGGCAAGCUACCACACUCCAAACGAGAGCGCAAGCCACCGCACCCCAAACGAGAGGGCAAGCCACCACACCCCAAACAAGAGCCCAAGCGACACCACCAACGAGAGCCCAAGCCGCGCCCCCGACAAGAGCCCAAGCGACGCCUCCAACGAGAGCCCAAACUGCGCCUCCAACGAGAGCCCAAGCUACGCCUCCAACGAGAGCCCAAGCUGCGCCUCCAACGAGAGCCCAAGCUACGCCUCCAACGAGAGCCCAAGCCACGCCGCCUCAGACAAGAGGACAAGCUACAGUUACUCAGACUAGGGCACAGGCCGCGCCUCCUCAGACCCGAGCGCAAGCUACGCCUCCUCAAACUAGAGGACAAGCCGGCACCGUUCAGACUAGAGUGCAAGCAAAGAAGGUGGUGGUAGCACCUACACCUGCUGUUACGACUCGUGGAAGAGUGCAACCUCCUGCAAAUACCUUCUCUAGCACGGUACGACCUGACGAAACUAACGUGCAAGGCGGUCUUGCAACGGGUGGUAAGAAGGUAGUGGUAGAUUUGACCUCUGACGAUACUAACCGAUCUGCUCCAGACAGUCGCGAAAUAGCUUUCAAUAAGUUACAAGGCAAAACCUAUCCCUCUCUAGUCGUCGUAGCUAGACCCCACCUCAGGGUCCAGGAUUUAUCCUUGGACAGGCCCAAAUUGGAUGCCAAAGUAAAAUCUGUAUUGAUGCACGCUCCCACCAAGUUUACUGAAUGGUUGAUCCAACAAGGUUUGAUUCGUUCGGAACAAAAAUGCUCCGCCCACGCAACCACCCAGUUAAAACUGGGCAUGUACAGUGACGUCUCCAAAUUUCCAUACUCUGGAGGUUACGUCUGGAUCUCAGAGUGUUGUCCUCAGAGAUUUGUAUCAGUAUUCAGUGGAUCUUUAUUUGAAGGUUCGCCACAUCCACCGAUGGUCAUAUUGAAACUCCUAUACCACUGGUCAUGUCAGACCAACAUACAGAACGUUACACAAUGGGUAAAAGUCGACAAUCUCUACGUCAAAGGCAUGUUCACUUGGUUGCGCUCCAUCUGCACCGUCGCUCUCCACACCCAUAUCCGUCAAAUAGGCGGGCCCGGCAUCAAGGUCGAAGUGGGUGUGAUCUCGUUGGGUACCACCUCCCAGGACGGCAACCAACGCCAGGUCAAGGUCGAAGUGUUGGGCGUUCUCGAAUCGGAAUCGAAACUGAUUCGUCUCAGGGCCGUCGAACCUCAGGCUGAAGGUGAUAGGAACUACAAGAAACGGUUCUCGAAGAUUUUGGAGCCGGUUUGCCGAUGGGUGCAUCCGCAGAGCAUCCUAGUGGCCGAUUUGACGGUCGAUAAGCAAACGUUAGUCAGCAUGGGAUUCCAAAACGUCGUGCAGUACUCGUCCAAUCAGUACGGGAAUAACAAUCAGAUUAUGGAGUAUUUGCGAAGGAUCGUACCCAGGAUGUUCCAGAAUACUCUUUCUCUAUUGUCUAGGCAGAUUAUUCAACAGUUUUUGGACGAACUAGUGUGGCGAGAGUGGUUCGGUACGUCAUCACUGCAAGCCUUCGACAAUUUGGUGACUCAUUUGUCGGAGCAGACCCGUUUCGAGAGCUGCGGCCAAUCAUUGAUCGUUCGUUUGAACAAGGUGGCCCAAAAUCCGUUUAAAAGUUGGGCUAUAAGCGUGGGCACUGCUGCCAAGGCAGUCGAAAGUGCUCCUCCGACUGUGAACGUUACAACAGCCAAUAAAAAGCAGAGGAACGCAAGGAAACCGGAUCCGCCAAAGGUAACCACCCCGACGGUAGUAGCUCAAGACACCCGACCGCCGAAAAGCACCUCUCCCGACGUACCCGAGCACAUGGUACCAUUGGAGAGCUACUACUACGGCACCAUCGAUACCUAUUCGAAAACCCCCACCAUUACGUUGAACAUGAAGUGUCCAUUCUGCAAAUCGUCGUUCGACAACAACAUUCAAUUGAUGAGCCACUUAUUCAAGCACGCGCAUAACGUUUCGAUGGACGCCCAGCUGUGUAGGUACUGUCUGACGAGUGUGGCUACGGCGAACGAUCUAUUGAAGCAUAUCGCUACUUCACAUCCGGCCGAAACCAAAUUCGACAACGGCUUCUGCUGCCUAAUAUGUGAAACGCAAUACAUGAAUCCAUUCGUGCUAGGCAAGCACAUGUCUAAGGAGCAUUAUCCCAGCGAGCUACCCUACCAAUGUGGCACGUGCAGCUAUCGAUGUUCGAAUCACAAACAGGCCAUAGAUCACUUUUACAGAACACACGACAACGGUCCGACCAUUCAGUGUCCUUUCUGUCUCAAGUCGACCACCGUCUUUACGGCCAGCAGGAACAUCGUACAGAAUAUGAACUAUUUCAUUCAGCAUUUACAGAAACAUCAAAGGAAGCAGUUUGCUCGCCGUUGUGGCAAAUGCAAUUUGUGGUUUGUUCAAAAGGACGUACUGAAAGAGCAUCAGAACAAAAUGCACGUAUCGCAACGCGGUAAAAACGGACUGGUACCCUGGACGGCGCCUCGAAACGGAAUCAUGGUUCCUAAGUCGAAGAUGGAUAAAUAUCCAGUUGACGCGGAGGUUAUUAAUUUCGCAACGCUGAAAUUCGAUUUGAGCACAGGGCUGAUGUGUAAAGAGUGCAACACCCCUAUGGACACUCCCAAGCAUUUCCCAUCGUUCGAGAGCUGCCAGAACCCUAACUGUCAAUAUUCGACGUGUUGUACGAACGCCAUGCAGGAGCACAACGCGAAAUGUAGCAAAACCAGCAACCCGAUCUCCGAAGGAAAACUACCCUUUGAAAUGUUCUGCAUCUGCGGUUUCAGCAAUCUAGACGGUAAUCAAAUGGCGCGACACUUAGCGAUAUGUGAAAGAAAAUCCGCCUAUCCAUCAAGGACGGACGCCCAAACGGCGACAGUGACUCACAGUAUGCUGGACGUACUGGGUUUGGUCAGAAGACCUGAAGAAAAACCCAAGCCGCAGAAGAGCAAAAAGAUGAAGAAGGAAGUCAGUUUCGACAAAGUCGAUCAAGUCAUACCUGAAGCCUCGCUUACUAAACCAACAACUGAAGAACAGAAAAAAGACGCUGAAGAUACUACGAAGAGUAAAAACGUGGUAAAAACUAACGAAAAUGUUAUAUUAGACAAAGACACCUCCAAAAACGAAGUACAAAUUAUAGACGAAGACAAUAAAAUGGAUGAAGGAGUUGCUAACGAAACUGCGGUCGUUCAAAACGAUACUGCUGUCGAAGAUAAAGAAGAAAAAAUGGAGGUCGACAAUGAGGAGGUAAGGGAAACCAUUGCGACAGAUAAAGAAUUAACCGAAACUAAGAAUGAGGAAACAGUAGACAAAGAAAAAGAAGCAGCCAUUAUAGAUGAUAGACGAGACGAUGAUACAGAUCAUAAAGAAAACGAAGAAAUAUCUUCAAAUAAAGAUAAUAUUGAUGAAGAAAAAGUUAAAGAUAAUUUAGAUGAAAACAAAGAAACCCAUGAAGAAAUUGAAGCUGAAGAUAAAGAACCAUCACAGUCUAAAGAUCUAGAAGAUCUGUCUAAUAAAACUGAUUUUAAGUCACCAGAACAACAAACUGAAGAUCUGGAAGAUGCCAAAGAAAAACCAGAAAUACAAGAAGCUAUGAAAGAUAAGUCUGAAGAAGAACAAUCAGUAGAAAAGGAAUGCGAAGAAGAUGACGAUGAAAAAGUCUCUGAAAAACCAGAAUCUCGAAUUGCAUCACCAAAUAAAGAAACUGAAGAACUUGAAGGUGAUAAAAGAAAUACAGUAGAUCUCCAUAAUGAUACAAAAGAAUCUGAAGAACUUGAAGAUGAUACAAAAGAAUCAGAAGAAAUGGAAGAUGAUGCAAAAGAAUCAGAAGAACUUCGAGAUGAUACAAAAAAAUCUGAAGAACUUGAAGAUGAUACAAAAGAAUCAGAAGAAAUGGAAGAUGAUGCAAAAGAAUCAGAAGAACUUCGAGAUGAUAAAAAAGAAUUAGAUGAAGUUGAACCUGAAGCUGAUACAAAAGAAAUGGAAGAUUUUGAGAAUGAAUCAAAAGAAUCAGAAGAACAUGAAGCUGAUACAAAAGAAAUGGAAGAUUUUGAGAAUGAAUCAAAAGAAUCAGAAGAACAUGAAGAUGAUAAAAAAGAAACUGAAGAAAUAGAAUGUGUUACAAAACAAACGGAAGAACAUGAAAGUGAAACAGAAGAACUUGUUAAAAAAGAUUCAGAAGAACUUGAAGAUGAUAAAAUUGAAUCAGAAUCGCUUGGAGAUGAUAAAAGUGAACCGGAAACGAUUGAAGAUGAUAAGAAAGAAUCAUCAGAACCACAAGCGGAUUUCGAAAAUAAAGAAUCGCCAGAACAUGAAACUGAAGAGGUCGAGGACGAUGCUGAAGUUUCAGAAGACAAUCAUGAUAAAGCACCCGAAGUUCAUUCCCCUGAAAAGGAAUUAGAAGACUAUGAAGAAGACGGCGAAAAAGAAUCUGAACCACUUGAAAAAUCCGAAUAUAAAGAAUCAGAACCUCAGGAAGAUUUCGAAGAUAAAGAACCGGCAGUUGAAUCGCUAAUCAAGGAAUCUGAAGAAAAUGAAGAUGACGAAAAGGAAUCUGAAGAAAUCGCAGAUCGAGAAUCUUAUACGAAAUCUCCAAUGGAAAAAGAAGAUGACGAAAACGAAUCAGAACCGCAAUUGGAUGACUUUGAAGAAGAUAAAGAAGCCAAAGACGAUGUGUCUUCAGAGAAAGAUACUGAAGAUAUUGAAGACGCGACAAAAGAAUUGGAACCAUCAGAACGAGAACCCGAAUUGGAAUCGGCAGAACGGGAAACCGAUUUGGAUCUGACAGAACGGGAAACCGAUUUGGAACCGCCGGAACGUGAACCCGAAGAUUUAGACGAAUCUGAAAAAGUUGCGAUCGACUAUAGAAAAGAAUCCGAAUCGGAUCUUAGUAACCACGUCUCUGAACCCGAAACGAAAAUGGAGACAUCGGAGAUGCUGUCUGACAAGGAACCGCCCGCCAUGACUUCUGAUUACAUUCAGAACCUUCUGAGCAACGUCGUGAGAGGCGGUGACGAGACGUCCGUCAUGGAAACGGAUGGUGAUGGAAAAAAUUCGGACGAUGUUAAUAUGGCGUCGCCGUCCGAGAUGAUGGACGUGCCGGACGUCAGUGGAGAUGCACCUACGCCAAUGGAGACUGAUUAAAUGGGAAGAUAAGGAUUUAGAUUGAAGGAGAAUAAAAAUCGAUAUAUUUUAUUUAAUUUGAAUCGUGGAGGGGCUCGAUUGCCGAUUGGUGGAUGGGAGGAGGGGGAAUAGUUGGUAGGAGAUCGUACUAGUGAAAUGCAUCACUUUUUCUAUCGAUAGUAUUUUCGAAUCAGAUGGAUGAGGAUUUGGUGUCGGAGAAAUGUUAUUUGGGUUGUUUUGAGAGCAAACAUUUGUUUUUGUUUAUGAGAAUAGGCCUAUUCAGUUUCGUUUUUGAAUUUGUAUUAAUCAUAUAUUUGUAAAGAUACUAGUGAGUUAAGCGACCACCAAAUUUUAAUCUUAUUAAGAGGUUUGUAUAUUCCGGAUGGAAUAUUUGGUUCAAAACUGGUUUUUUUCAUUUUCAAAUUUUCUCGUAGAAACUAAAUUAUUUACUAGGAAAAAUCGGAAGUAGAAACAAAUUAUUUUGGCUAGUAUUAGAAGCACAUUCUAAAAUAAAAAAGAAACGACUCAAAUUUUCGUCCAUCAAAUAAACCAAAUCCUAAUUUUUACUACGUUAAAAACCAGUUUUUGUUAUAAAAUAUUUUUCGACGUAAGGAUAGUAAACGGGCAGCGGCUAAUUUAAUUUUUGGCCCCUCCACAUAUUAAAAAACUACUAGAACCUCAAAAAAUUUAAUUUUUUCGAAUCGCGAAGGCACGCCUAGCAUGUUUUAAAGGCCUUGGCAGGUUCCCAGUUGAGAAUCGUUUCUAGCUGACUGAUAGAAAACAAAGAGUUAAUGUUGGCGCAUCUGUAUUUAAGUGUUUUCCCCUGUAUAUAGUAGCUUUUAAGUAAUUUUCUUUUUUUGUAUAAAAGUGCUGUUCUAUAGGUGUAUUCGUCCGCAAAGACUCAAAGGUUAGAAUUAGAUAGAUUUAUUGAUUAUUUAAAAAAUAAUAUGAAUGAAUUACUAUAUUAAUAUGUUUGACCCCUUGUUUAUAUUUUUUUAUAUAGGUGAGAUAACUCUUUUUAUUUUAGUGAAUUUCGAUAUCCGUGUUGCACUAUUUGUACGUUUAAUACAUUUGUUUUCUAGUUAUUGGCGAUUUUAUUUCGAAAAUUAAAUAUUUUAAAUUA